AUGAGAUACCUCAUCACUUUUUUGCUCGUAAUUUUGGUAGUCGUGCUGCUUCUAGAUGUUACUGAUGCUCGAGGAGGGCGGGGCGAGGGCACCAGUAGGAGUGGCCGUCGAAGCUGGGCCGGGAGCCGUGGACGAAGUAGAACGACACUGAGACGAAUCACCAAGAACACGCCGAUCAAGCCAACCACAUUCCGCACUCCAGUAAUCUAUAGCCAAACGAAAAUCCUUUCUCGUUCAAAGUUAUUCACGAAAGUCGUGACUGGCUCGUAUAUUAUCACCAGAUAUGUGCUGGCUAAAGCUCCAGUUUAUCGGGUCGGAUUUCCAGUGCACGGAAUCUACGUAUCUAUUCCUAAACAGCGAGCCGUCAGGUUGUCAUCUGAAACAGUGAGAUUACUGGAUUCCACUGGAAGCUUAUGUCUGGGACUAUCGUACCAAUUUCAUACUCUGAGACAAGGCAUUGAACGCAGCCUCAUAGAACUAAACGCAACAGUAAAAUACUAUGAUGGAAAAAAGAGACCUUAUUUGGCGUCAACAAGACAGUUUUGUUGA